AUGAUAAAGAACUCAAGUUCAGGUAAAGAAGUAAAAGUUUUAGCUCAACAUAUAUGUAUGUCUGUUUUAAAAGCACGAAGAGUAAUUGAUCAGAUUCGCGGGCGUUCCUAUGAGGAAACACUUAUGAUACUGGAACUCAUGCCUUAUCGAGCAUCUUAUCCCAUUCUAAAAUUGGUUUAUUCCGCAGCAGCAAAUGCUAAUCAUAAUAUGGGUUUGAACGAAGCUGAUUUAUUCAUUAGUAAAGCCGAAGCCAAUAGGAGUACUAUUGUGAAAAAGUUAAGACCCCGGGCUCGAGGACGUAGUUAUCUGAUAAAAAGACCGACAUGUCAUAUAACAAUUGUAUUAAAAGAUAAAUCGAAAUCAUUUUUAGAUCAAUCUAAGAUUUAG